UGUAGUGCAGCCUUUUAGCAAGAGUUGCGUCCCAUGGUCAUCAUUUCGAGAAAAGCUGAUGUUGGAAAAUCAUAAAUUUGUCAUAACAUGGACAUUUGAUACACAGUAAAGCCAACGACCAGCGGAGCAUUGAUGACUUUAUGUUGCCAUGGCUACUGAAGAUGAGACGAAGCUUCAGAUGAUGCGGGAUGACGACGAUGCUAUCAAAGUGGAUACAGUUGGUACAGCAGAUAACCCGAAUGGUGGUGUGCGUACAGGUGGCUAUUAUAGCUCCACGGGCAGUUUAGUUUUCAUCAACCCAUAUAGCGAUGAUGGAAUCCAGGGAGAUGAGGCCGUGUCUACUGAUCCCAGUGGGAAGAGGAUCAAGACCAGGGGCCGCAACUUGCUGUUUGACGAUGGAGAGAGCUGUAUCGACUACGUGCUGGCCUGGCAGGUACCAAAGAAAGUCAACGAGGCUUCAGGACUGGCAGAGAAAGCGAGAGAAAACUUUGAAAAGAACCUCUUAGACGAGGGUCUCAAACUGGAGUAUGACAAGAGUGAUGAGGAUGUGCACUACGUAAAAGUACAUGCCCCAUGGGAGGUGCUGACCCGCUACGCUGAGAUCCUCAAGGUCAAGAUGAAGAUGAAGAAGACUAUAGUGGCAGAGGGGAUUGAACAGAAGUAUUCCAAAUGGGAGGAGUCUAUAGAUAUGAACCCUGUGAAGGCAGUGAGCACGACACUGUGGAACAGCAUCAACAAGGUGAAGGACCUUGUCAUGACCCCUUUCAGUCUGGACCAUACCGUGCUGCCCAAGAUCACCAAGGAGCACACCCUCGUAUACUCCCGUGACAAAGAGUAUAUGUUUGAUAUACCAGAAAAGCGUGAGUUGUUUUUCAAACACUCAGAGCGUUCUCGUAUAGUGGACUUCAUUCUGAGAAGAAAGGCCUUCGGAGAUGACAAGAAAGAGGCUUUCACAUUCGGUAUCAAGAAGAUGUUGGCAGACGGCUUCUACAGUGCUGCUUAUCCACUACAUGAGGGCCACUGGAAAGAAGGAUCUAUGAUGAACACUCGUAAACUGCUGUAUGAGAACUGGGCGUACUGGAGGAAGUGCUUAAAGAUGCAGCCACUUGAGUACAUCAGGAACUACUUCGGCUCCCAGAUAGCCCUGUAUUUCGCCUGGCUGGGAUUUUACACCCAGUUCCUUGUGCCACCGUCCAUUAUUGGUCUGGUCAUCUUCCUCUAUGGAACUAUCUACAUGGAUGACAGCUAUCCCAGCAAGGAGGUCUGUGAUCCUUCCCUGAACAUCACGAUGUGCCCGCUGUGUGACUACCAGUGUGGCUACUGGAAGAUCAACGCGUCCUGUAAUGACUCCAAGUACAGCCGCAUGUUUGACAACAAUGGCACCGUCUUCUUUGCCAUCUUCAUGUCCUUGUGGGGUACCCUGUUCCUGGAGUUCUGGAAGAGAAAACAAUCAGUGAUCCAGUACAACUGGGAUCUGGUGGAGUUCAUAAAGGAGGAGGAGCCUCCGCGUCCAGAGUACCUGGCCAAGCUGGCCUCAUACCCCGUGUUGAAGGUGAACCCCAUCACAGGCAUGAAAGAGCCCCACCUGCCCUUUUGGAGACGACGGUUCCCAACAUUUGUGCUGUCUUACAGCUUCAUGCUCUUAACGAUGGCGAUAGCGGUGGGAGGUGUUGUGGGGGUCAUAGCGUACCGGGUGUCCAUACUGGCCGCUCUACAGCUCAUUGAGAAAGACGGACCGAAGAACGGCACCAUGGGCAGCACCCAGCAUCUUAUCCAAAAUAAUGCCAGCAUCAUCACCACCAUCACCGCUGCAUGCAUCAACUUGAUUCUGAUCAUGAUACUCAACUUGAUAUACUCGCGGGUGGCUGUGUGGCUGACAGACUUUGAGUGCCUGAGGACGCAGAGCGAGUACGACAACUCCAUCAACAUCAAGCUGUUCUCCUUACAGUUUGUCAACUACUACUCCUCCAUUGUCUACAUCGCUUUCUUCAAGGGCAGGUUAGUGGGACGACCUGGGGCCUACAACAUGGCAUUUGGUGCUAGACAGGAGGAGUGUGGUGCAGGCGGCUGUCUAAUAGAGCUGUGCCUUCAGCUAGCCAUCAUCAUGGCUGGCAAACAACUCAUUCAAAACAAUCUACUAGAGAUAGUCCUUCCGAAGGCGAUCAAGAUGCUGAAGCGAUUGUACCGGCGUAAGUGGCUGAAGGAGACGGCUGAGCAGAAGGCCAAGAUGGCCGCCUGGGAGAAGGACUAUCAGCUAGAGGAACACUCCAGCCUCUACCAUGAGUACCUGGAAAUGGUGUUGCAGUAUGGUUUCCUGACCAUCUUUGUUGCUGCGUUCCCCCUCGGUCCACUUUGCUGCCUGCUGAACAAUAUCAUUGAGAUUAGAACCGACGCCGUUAAGUUUUGCACUGACCUACGACGACCCCUGGCUGAGAGGGCGGCUGAUAUUGGAAUCUGGUAUGAAAUCUUGUAUGCUAUAUCGCGGUUGGCAAUCGUGUCCAAUGCGUUCAUUAUAGCCCUUACAUCAGACUUCAUCCCUCGGUUGGUCUACGUCUACUACUACAGUGACAACCAAACCCUGGUCGGCUACACGCAGUGGGGGCUCUCCAAGUUCAACACGUCAGACUUUGAGCCGGACAAGAGAGUACAAGGAUCUGAUGUUUGUUGGUACCGAGAUUUCCGCUACCCUCCUGGCUACAAGGAUGAGACAGGAGAGCCAAUGCAGUAUGAGUAUUCUGAGAAAUUCUGGCAUGUCCUGGCUGCUCGCUUCGCUUUUGUCGUAGUCUUUGAGAACCUGGUGGUGGUCACCACAAGCCUGGUGGCCUACCUGAUCCCAGACGUGCCGGCCAAGGUGAAGAAGGAGAUCAGGAGGGAGGCGUACAUCUCCAGUGAGAUCGUCAUACAGACUGAGCUGCAGAAGGCCAAGGGAAACUCAGUAACGGACAUCCUGCUCGGCAAACUCCGGAAGGGAGGUGCAGAGGGGGAGAACGGGUCAAGCGCGCGGAAACGCAAUGGGAGGGGUGGAGACGAUGAUGCGAUUGUGCGGGUUGAUGAAGUGUCGGUGUCGAACAUUUGAUGAGAGAUAUGAGGAUAGUUCAAAACUUGGACAAGACUCUGUAAUAUGUUUAAGGCCUGCUGAGAGCACUAAUAUUUCUGUAGAUGGAACAUGUAACAUAUUUUUGCCCUAAAGAAAUGGUGUAAAUAUACGGGCGUGUUCAACCAAACUGCAUUUGCAAUGAUUUAUGUAGGGAUUGGUGGUUAAAACCUUUUAAGAAUUUAGUUUGGAACUAUAUGAUCUGAUAAGGAAAUUUUUAAAAGAUGCAACACUUUUCAAUUGAUUUCCUUUUGUGAUUAUAUGAUUGUUUAUGCAUACAUUUAUAAUUAGAUUGUUUCAGGAUCUUCAUUGGUUGUGUAAUUGUCUUAUUUAUAUAAUAUGUAAUUUAAGUAUCCUCAUUGUAAUUAUUGUGCUUUUGCUUUUUUACAAGACCGAUAAAAUGAAAUACAGGAGUCACAUGGCUUCUUUAUAUAUCUCUUUAAUAUCUCAAAUUGUUUUAACAGAAUUCAAAUACAGACUAAAGAUUCACCAUGCAAACGACUGUUAAUUAGUUUUGGUAAUUUAGGUGCGGUUUUAGAUUACACACAUUUAAAUUUGUAUAUUAAUUGGUUGAGCCAAAAAGUAUUUUAUCUCAGUCGAAUAUCUAUAUUAGUUUUGAUUUUUUUUUAUUUGUCCACAGGCACGUACUCAGUAAAGAUAUAAUUGUUUAAGGUAUUUAGUGUUUUAUGUAUGACAUAUAUACUAUUUUCCAUACAUGAUGUGUAUUAGUUUACACUUGUAACCACUUGUAAAGUGAUACAAAGUUUUACUUUGUUUUAAUAAUAAUAUUUGUAGUUAUUGAUAAAAUUUUAGUAUUUAUAUAUUCAUAAUAAUCGUAAUGCCUUAUUUUUGUAUAAAUAUUGUUUAAUGUUGCUUUAUCUUAACUAAGGUUAUACAGAUAUAAUUGGUUGAACAUUAGUAUAAAUGACACUGGUUGUAAUUGGCCAGAGUUGUCUAAGUUUUAGUAUAUUUCAACAUUUUAAUCAUUAACUUUUUAAUUGCUUUGAUAUGUACAUUAAAUUUUUAAUUGUGUUGAUAUGUACAAAGAUUAUGAUCAAUUUUUUCCUGCUUUCACCUAUUGAACAUUUAAAAUAUCAGUAAACAUUUGGAUGGUAAUAAACUAAGAAAAUGUAUCUUACAUUCAAGUAGGUUGUGAUGCACCAUGCUGCUCAUCUUGGUCCCAUUUACUGCUGUGUAUUUGCAAGGGCUUGAUGUCUACCUCCUGUGGCUUUACAAAGGCUCAAACAUAAAUGAUACGUGUUUGUUUUUAAGCAUUCAGCAUUUUGGCAUCCAAUUAUUUAAAUGUUAAGGUUAAAAUAGAUUUCUUAUCUUAGUUAUAUUGCAUGUUUUUUGAUAAACAUGAAGAAUUAUAGUGUAUAUUUUUAAAUACAAUAUUAGGUUGUCUGUUUUAAGCAUAUGUAUGCAAAUUUGUCAAAAAUUGACUUAAAUUGUAAAUAUUUUUGUCUUUAUGUGUUCACAACCAUUUUAUCAAGAAUAAUGAUUAAGUUAUAAAACUCAAAGCACAUACAGUGUCCUUAUAUUCCAUUCAGCGAUAAUUAUUUUUUUCACUUCCUCUAAAUAUGUUGGCAUACACAAUUAGCACACUUUGAUUUGAAGUAAUAUACACAUAAAUUUCAGUUUCUAUUACAACAUGUGUAGUAUUUCAUUUAUUUUAUAUUCUAGUAUGAUAUUAUUAUUUUUAACAUUAUUCCCUACUGUUGUAUAGUUUUGUUGUAAUACAACAUUAUUGUUUUAAUAUAGUUCUUACAACUUAUGAAUGUAACUUAUACCUAAAAUUUGUAUGUGUAUACUGUGCAAUAUGUGUAUAUUUUUAUACUGUUCAUUUUUAUGUAACAUAAGACUUGAAAAGAUGUAAACAAUGCUUGUUUUCUAUUUUGUUAAACACUAUGUUACCUACGUUUGUAUUAAUGAGUGAUGUCAUUGAACAAAUAUACUAUUUUAUUCUUUAAACACAUGUUUUAGCAUUAUAUUACUUCUUUUAAUAUUAGAUCUGGUUGUGUUAUUUCUUGAAUGUUUCUUUAUGAAUCAUUCACCCCUUUCAGGUCUGUUUUUUAUUGAUAACCACUAUUCAUAUUAUGUGCAUUGUUUGACAUAUGUAUGAUCAUUUAUGAAGAAAAAAUACAACAUAAUGAACAAGGUAAAAAAAAGGUUUGGUGUGAAAGGUUAACAACAUUAAGGUUAGAGAACUAAAAAGUAUCAAUCCGAAUGUUAAAAAAACAUUGUUAUCUAUUGUUUUUAACCUAAUCUGAAUUAACUGAAUAACCAUGUGUGUGAUACGAACAUACAGUUGAGAACUGAAUCUAUAAUGAAUGUAUUGUUGAUAUUUUCACAGUUAUCAAAGUGUGACGUUAAUUAGUUUAAUAUCUUUAGAGUUCUUUUUCCCAAUCAUAACUGUUACAAAUGCAUGAAAUAUUUUUGUAAUAUUUGAGAUAUUGAUUAAUUUGUUUUCAUUUGAUGAUGUAUUGCUAAAGCCUUUGCCAACCUUCGCACAGCCCUUAUAUUUAUGUCCACAAUGUAUGAUCGAGCUUUCCCCACACCGCUUAGAGCAUUGUCCGUGUCCUGAGUGAAGGGGUGUGUUGUUCAUAACAUAUAAGUGUGUACCAUAUGAAUAUCUCAAACUAUUUGAUACUGCAUGCAUGAAUCUCUUAUGUGUAUCUUACCAUGUUGAUAUCUCUAUCUUUUAUACAUUAAUUAAAACAGUAGAAAAGUAA